CAACAUUGAAGUUGCAACAAAGUUCUAAUGAUAAAUCCAAUCGGCACCCAGUUACAAUGGUCUGAAGGAGAGUGUGUCAGGACAGGCUAAGUGGUAUGUUUUUAGAUAUGAGCAAACAGGAAACCUGAGAAAGAAGAGUGAACAUAGUCAGAGGAGUAGAGACCAUUGGAUUCUGAAUUGGGCAGUUGGAGCCAUACUUGGUCAUUCUCCAUGAGAUCAAUGACAGCACUGCCAGAAGCUUGGUCAAGGUAUCCUUUCUUGUACUCAUCGUAGGUGUACAUGAUGGGGGAACCAUUUUUGUAGAGUGCGACCCAAACGUUUGUUCCCUUUGCAUGUACAUGGUAGGAGAAAUAGUACAGUCCAGGGGUCCUGCAGGUGAAGAUUCCUGUUCUGGGGUCAUAGUGUUGCUGCCUAUUGUACAAGAUUUUAUCAAAUUUGAUGGGGACUGUUGCCGCAGGGUAGGCUUUUGAGAGGAUGACACUGAAAGCAGACACUGGCAUCCCUGUAAGAGCUUGGUUCACUCCUCCCUUUAUGAAAGAUAUUCCUGACAGCUCCCGAGACUCUCCUGCUUUAACAUAGCCUUCGGGCAUCUGUGGGAUUACAGCUUGGCCGGGGGGACCGGGAGGCCCUGGGGGUCCUGGCAAGCCAGGCUCGCCAGUGCUGCCUUUAGGCCCAGGGGGUCCGGGUGGUCCCAUGGGUCCGCUUAAGCCUUUCGUGGAAAUACCUGCUGGGCCUGGCAGUCCUGGUGCUCCUGGCUCACCCUUCGCACCAGGGGUUCCUGGAAGACCAGGGGGGCCAAUGGGACCUCUGAUCCCAGGUAUUCCUGAAGGCCCUCUGGGGCCUGGUUCUCCGUUGAUCCCUGGCACUCCCUUGGCUCCUUGUGGACCCAUUGGACCAGGCAAUCCAGGUAGCCCGGCAUGGCCAAUGUCACCUUUCGGACCUGGGAGACCCGGCUGUCCCUUAGGACCAGCAAGACCCUGCUCACCUGGAUAUCCUGGUUUUCCCUCUGCCCCUGAAGACUGUGGGACAUAUUUCCCAGAAGUGAAAAAUCAUCCAGAGAAAUAUUUACAGAGAUGUCCAGAGUCUGUAAAAAAGUGGCUGAAACAACUGAAAAAUGCUGGGAAGAUUCUGCUAUUAAUUACAAGUUCUCACAGUGACUAUUGCAGGCUCCUGUGUGAGCAUGUUCUUGGGAAUGAUUUUGAAGAGUAUUUUGACAUUUUGAUCACAAAUGCUUUGAAACCUGGUUUCUUCUCCCAUACGCCAAACCAAAGACCUUUCCGAACUCUUGAGAAUGACGAGGAGCAGGAGGCUCUGCUGUCACUGGACAAGCCCGGCUGGUAUUCCCAAGGUAAUUCUAUCCAGCUCUUUGAUCUGCUGAAGAAGAUGACUGGCAAGCUGGAUCCCAAGGUUGUUUAUUUUGGUGACAGCAUGCACUCAGAUAUUUUCCCAGCUCGUCACUAUAGCAACUGGGAAACUGUCUUCAUCUUAGAGGAGCUUCUAGGGGACAAAGUUACAGUGCCUGCAAAGGCUGAAUCUGAGCCCUUGGAGAAGAAAGGAAAAUAUGAGGGAGAUCAGCUCAAAGCUCCUUACUUCAUAUCUAAACAGUGGGGCUCUUUCUUCAUGGACAGAGUACCAGCCCUGGAAAAUGCAGAGGAAACCUUAGUUCACACAUGGUCCUGUAAAUGUAUUAGCACUUACAGCACUAUUGCAAUCCCUAGUCUUGAAGCAAUAGCAGAUUUACCGCUGGAUUAUAGAUUUACACGAUUUUCCUCAAAUAGCUCUGCAACUGCCGGGUACUAUCCAAGCCCUCCAAGAGCCCUGCUGCCAAAUGAGGAGUCAGUGACUAUGAAAUAGGUUGUUGGCUUUUUCCUUAAAUAACCCUGUGGCCCUUACUUAAACUGCUAUCAAAUGCUAAUUGGUGAAAAUGCUGUGUGAUGCUUCAUAAAAUAGAGUGAUGGAUUAAAGCAGAUUCCUGCGUAGACUUGUGUUUCACUUUUUUCUCUAGUUCAGCUGGAACAGAUAAGCAAUGCAUUCUUCUCUUUAAAUCUUUGAACCACCACUACCUUUAGUAAAGCACUAUUGGCUUUUUUCAUGCACUGCCCACAGCCUUCAAGAGAAAUGUAGUAGUACUAGCUCAUGCCAAGUUACAUUCUACAUUUUUGAGGACAUUUUAGGUACUAUCCCUAUGUAAGGUGAUGCUGUUGCUACCAUAAACCCCAGGAAAGACACAAACCAGACCCUAGCCAUAUUUCAUGAAGAGUUAUCUUGUAAGUAAUAUGCAACAUUUCCAAAUUAGCAUUAAGCAUUGAUUUAUUGAAAGGGAAACAUAAAGCAAAUUGGAACAAAAUUGAUUAAAACUUUCUUUAAAACAAGGUGGAUGAGGAAUGAAAAUGAAAGUGCCAUUCUCCUCCUCACAAACUUUGGGCUGAAAAUAUUUGACUUAAGAUGCUAACAGUUAGUAAUACUUGACUUUAUUUUGAAAUUUUUUAAUUAGCAUCAAUGUCUUUGGCAGCAAAUCUGACUCAUGAUAGGGAUAUGAUUUGUAUUAAGCAGAGAGAUACCCAGAUUAAAAUCUCAGAUCUCUGAUUACAACAUCAUCGAAAUUCUAACCUGAAUCAAGUAAUCCUCUGCAAAUAAUUUCUAACUAGGUUAUGGUGCAAACUGAUAUUGUGUACCCUCACACUUUUGUGGUUCUGAAUUUAGAAGUGACUUUUCUAGGUUGGGGAUUUUUUUCCUUUUUUUUUUUUUUAAAGAAAACUCAUUGAGUUUUUAAAGAAAAUUGGAGUGAAAAUCGUCUAAGUAAGUCCUUGGGUCCCGGUGUCUCAGUGGAGAAACAAUAUUUUUUUUAAUGGACAGGUGGCAGAUUCUAAGGACAGACUGAACACAAAGCUCAUCAGAAGAAUUACGUAUACGCAUCUUUGACAAAGGCUGUCACCAGCCAUUUGUGCUUACUGCCAGAAGGACAUCAGAGUAGCAGAGAAACAAAAAGAUAACAGACAGCUACUAUAAGCAUUACACCAUGUGCCACCAUAGUCUGUGGCUGCUGGAAGACUUGGGAAAAAUAACUGAAGUGGUUGCCCAAAAAAUAAAGUUCCUCUUACUGAAGACUCUUCUCUUUAAAGAUCUGUGAAAAUUACACAUCUUAUUACAAAACAGAGAUUGGCAAUGGAGGAAUGAGGAGGGCAGUUGGUACUGUGGCAACAGGAGAGCCAUUGGAAAUGGAGGUGGUGUGAAGAGCCAAGGAGAAGAAAUGCACAUGGCAGAAAAUUGGUAGAGAUCUGUCCAUAUUUAACAUGACACUCUAAAGACACCAUCUUUGCUUUUUCCUUAUUUCUCAUUUUUUUUUGUUUUAACCCCUGGAAAUCUCUGAAAUUUCUUGGCUUCUCUUAUGAGAGACCAUUGACAGAAAGGUUGCUGAAGUGCCUGCAAAACUAUCUUGAGCAUCAGCAGAGAGACAAAGUUGUAAACAUUCAUUAAAAUCACUGUGUCUGGUUAGACAGCCCUGAAAGCCACAGUUUUGCUUAAAACCAGAGAUGAAUACCAAGUCUCUUUUGGUGUCUGUUUUGGUAUAAAGCACAUGUGUCUGAAUUUUAAAAUAAAGAGAAUUUAUUUCUGAAAAAA